AUGCUGCCGUUCAGACAGACCAUCAUUCUUGGAUUUUCCGUCGCCAAUAUGAAGAUGCUCUAUGAUCGUUUGGCGCCGCUCCUUCUUGGCACGUCGCAGCUUCUGUUUUCCCGCGUUUCACUGGCCCAGGAUACUUCAACCCUGAAAUGGGCUCCUUGCGACUUAGAUCUUCCUGAGGAGUUGCUCAAACCUGGUGAUUGUGCGACGAUUGAGGUCCCUUUGGACUAUACCAACCCAAGCUCUCAAAAGACGGUUGAGCUUCAACUACUCCGGUAUAACGCUACCAAAGAACCUUUCAAAGGCAGUGUGUUCUGGAACCCAGGUGGUCCUGGAAUCUCGGGUCUCGAGACUCUUGCGUAUCUCGGACAGGACUUUCGCGACAUCCUCGGUGGUCAUCACAACAUCAUCUCAUUCGACCCUCGUGGCACAGGCAGAACCAUCCCAUUUGCGUGUGAUGUAAACACCACAGCCACCACAAAGUCUCGCAGGAGCAUCGAUACUAUGCCUCAAGCUGAUCUCUGGGAAUACGUCAAAAAUGAAGCCUGGGAGUCCAUGCAGAAAGUCGCCGAGGCCUGUUACGAGACCCAGCAAGAGAAUGGCCGCUUCCUCAGCACUGCUUUCACCGCGAGAGACAUGAUGAAGAUCGUCGAUGCUCUCGGAGAAGACGGCAAAUUAAGAUAUUGGGGCAUCUCUUACGGCACUAUCCUCGGACAAGUCGCUGCCUCCUUAUUCCCUGAUCGCAUUGAGCGACUUCUGCUUGACUCCAACUCUCUGGCAGACGCAUACUUUACCUCAACCGGUAUUGGAGGUCCCAAAGACGCCGAGAAGUCUUUGGUGCACCUCUUCACCGAAUGUGUCGAGCUUGAUACUGACGUUUGCCGUCUGGCCAACUAUUCUGGAAGCAAAACCACAGUUGAAGACUUGCGUGACGCGACGGUCGAUCUCUUCCAGAAGCUGAAAGACAUGACUGAUCUUCCAGAGGGUCUAUCAUCUGCCGAUUAUCCUUACGCUGGCAACUCUAUUUUGAAGGCGCUGAAAAAUGCCAUCAUGAAUCUUCUUUCCAGCCCUUUCAACUACUCAACUGUUGCGGAGCUCCUCUCAUAUGCAUUUGAAGGGGACUACAAGAAGGCCCUGAGCAUGUACAAAGAGGACACAUCUGAGUGGAACCUGGGUAAGAAUUCUUUCCAGGGAAUCGCAUGCUCUGAGACUUCCCUCCGAGUCAAGACACCGGAGGACCUUUACUCCCUCUACCAGGCGCAUCUUGCCGAGAGUAGCUUUGGCGAUGCCAUCGCGUCUGACUACAUGGCAUGCGGUGCUUGGAAGUUUGAUGCCGCAGAGGGCAUUGAUACCAACACUCUCCGUAACAUCAACACGAGCUUCCCGGUUCUCGUUGUCAACAAUGCAUAUGAUCCUAUCACUUCUCUCAGUCAUGCAUACCAGGUAUCCUCCCGGUUCAGAGAUAGCCGUGUGUUGGUGAAUGAGGGCGUUGGUCAUGGUGUUACUUCGCAUUCAUCCGAUUGUCUUCUCAAGGCCAUCUCAUCCUACUUUAUUGAUGGCACCCUUCCCGAAGUUGGCGCGACUUGCAAGCCGAAGGAGGGAGCGUUUGAGUAUGCUCUGUCGCGUUCAUAA